AUGGCUCCUCGAUGGGCCUACCCGGCUCUCUUCUACUUCUUGACCGCGACGACCCUCAUGAGCGGAGUGGGAGGAUUCCUGCUGAAGCUGAAAGAUUUCUACCGCCCCGAUGCGUACAUUGUGGAAGGAAAACCAGGCACGGGCACGACGCCGUUCGAAAUCAUCGCCACCUACGUCUUCGGGCUCGUCUACGUCGUUCCGCAGCUGGGGUGCAUACACGCGCACUUCGUAGAGAGGACACGAAGCGCGAGGAGGUCCGCAUGCGUGGCGCCCAUGGCGUACCACUUCAUGUCCGUCUACGGGGUGCUGUGUGUGUUUGAGGACGGGCUCAACCCAAUCGUCGCCCCCAAGAGCGCUGCUGCGGGGAUGCACCUUGUGUUCGGGCUGCUCUUUCUUCUCAUGUACGCCCUUGCAAGAGAUGACUACGCGGCGGUGGCCAAUGAUAAGAAGAACUAA